CCGAAAACAAUCGCUUCAUUUCGUUGUCAUGGUCGGCGACGGCGACGUGGUCCAAGCUCCCAGACUUCCCCGUUGAAGUCAUCAGCCCUAUGAAUGGCCUGAUUCUUGAGGAUCCAUCCGUCAACCCUUUUUUCCUCCCACAACCCGCGCCAGACCCAUUGCCGAUUGCACCUACGGACCACCUCCCCCUCACGCCACCAUCAUGAACACUAUCCGAUCCACCGCCUACGGCUGGGGCGUUCUGAUCGUCGCCGGCGGCGGCGCCUACGUCUUCGCCAAGAAGCAGAUCAACGCGGAGCGGGCCGAGAAGGCGGCCACGGACCGGCGCCGCAAGGAGCAGCAGCAGCGCCUCGAGGCCUCGGCCUACAUGCCCUCGAGCAACACGACGGGCGCGGUGCCCAUGAGCGCCGCCGACGCCACGGGCCCCAGCGCCAGCCCCAGCCAGCAAGCGAGCCAGGACCCCGCGCCCACGCGGCACGCCCCCGAGACCGAGGGCCAGCGCGUCUUCGAAAAGAGCAAGUACGAGGCGGCCGAACCAUUCAGAAGCCGCAAGGGCGACCGAUUCAGUUAG